UGUCGCUCUAACGUCCGUAAUACAUAAGAUUACAUCCUCGCAGCGUCACUGACUCAGCCACUCUCCACACCCCCGGGCACCCAACCCAACCCAAGAGCCAGACUUUCCAACACCUUAGUAUUUUCUCUCCUCUCGUUCAACUCCCCUUCGCCGCCUCUCCAUAACGCCGUGGCUACUUCCAAUCCCAUUCCGUAUCUUAUACAUAUUAUUGUGUUGUGAAGGCACGGGUCUCCACAAAACACGUCUCGAAUUCGCGGACCUAAGCUUCGGAGUGACGCCUCUGCCGCGACCAUCCGCCUUUUCUCCUCCUUAUCCUUAUCUUGCUCAUCAGCCACUUUCCCCUCUAUAUAUUCAUACCACGUUAUAUAUAUAUAUAUAUCCGUAGCCAAAGUCAUUCCCCUCUUCGUUCAUCCAAGGUCUCGAAUUCUGUGUCCAACUAGCAAAUACUUCCGGGAAACAUGCCUCUGGGAAUUCAUAAUCCGCUGCCCUCUUCUAUGAGGAGCGAAUGCAGAAAAGCUGGAAAAAUCCUUGCUUCUUUUGUCGAUCCCCGUCAAGCUUUCGGGCCAGAUAAGAUCAUUCCCCCUCAGAUAUUAGCAAAUGCAAAGGGUCUUGCGGUCCUUACCGUGAUAAAAGCGGGCUUUCUUGGCUCUGCGCGAUUCGGUUCAGGUAUUGUCGUUGCCCGUUUGGCAGAUAAUUCAUGGUCGGCUCCGUCCGCACUCGCCACAGCCGGGGCGGGAUUCGGUGGACAAAUAGGAUUUGAACUAACAGACUUUGUUUUCAUUUUAAAUGAUUACAAUGCCGUCCGGGCGUUCUCUCAGGCCGGUAGCAUAACAUUAGGAGGCAAUGUUUCAAUUGCAGCUGGACCCAUUGGGCGCAACGCCGAGGCUGCUGGAGCUGCGAGUAUGAAAGGGGUUGCUGGAGUUUUCUCAUAUUCCAAGACAAAAGGUCUUUUUGCGGGUGUAAGCCUGGAGGGUAGUGUACUAGUGGAGAGGAAGGAUGCAAAUGAACGGCUUUAUAAUUCCAAAGUUUCUGCCCGCCAGCUGCUUGAAGGAUCGAUCCGUCCGCCCCCUGCCGCAGACCCUCUCAUGCGCGUCCUCCAAUCACGUGCGUUCUCUGGGAACGUGGGUUCUGGUAAUGACUCAAUGUACAAUGAUAUCCCCAUAUAUGACGACUCGCACGACAGAGUGGUUUGGGAGGGAAGGCGAGGCGAAGCGAUGGGAGAGGGUGUGCGACGCGACCGCACCGGAUCCUUGAAUUCGCGAGAUGACUAUCAAUACCAUGAUCGACCAAGGCGUGCCAACACUUGGGCUGAUGACGUCUAUGACCGGUCACCUGGUAGUAGCGGUAGCAUAAACCGAUCCUACACUACACGGGCUAAUCCAAAAGAGACUUUCGAUAAUUAUAGCCGCGCCGAUGAAGAUGGCUAUUCGUACAGUGACAGGAGGCCGACACGUCCCACAGCCCCCAAGCCGGUGUUCUCCUCGAGACCAGCCGCCUCUUCGUUGCAGAAGAACCAGGCCGUGGCGCUGUUCACUUUCGAUGCUGACCAGGAAGGAGAUUUGGGAUUUAAAAAGGGCGAGGUCAUCACCAUCAUAAAAAAAACGGACAAGAAAGAGGACUGGUGGACAGGGCGAAUAGGUGAUAGAACCGGCAUCUUCCCUAGUAACUACGUGGACGCCUCCACUCUCUAACCCGGCGUUUUUUUGAUAAUGACCAACAUCCACCGCUCCUCCUGUCAACAGCAUCCGCCAACAGACGAUGUACUACCCAAGCAUGCUCUUUUACGCGCCCCAUCUCAUUUUGACCAUUCUUGCCCUUUUCACCAGUGAAUUACCAACGUCUAGCCAACAUCCCCAAGCGAAAAGACCGGCCUUACCGCCUCCCGUUUUACCCAUAUCAACUGUUAUAUAUACCCGUAGCCCUAUUUUUAGGAGUAUACUUACAUACAUGCCGAUCUCGAUUUCUUGGGUAUCUUUACUCUUUCGUUUUUUUUUUCUUCUCUUUUCUUUUCCUUUUUUUUUUUUUUUGUGCAUUUUUGAAAUCUUCAGCGCUUCUUCGGUUUGGUAUAUUAUUGCUCAAUUUUGUUUUUCAUGUCUUCUUCAAAAUGGCGCCAACACCUCGUUUCUUGCAUUUUUCGUUUCUGUUUAGGCCCGGACGUCUGAGCUCAGCCCUCCCCCGUCCUUUCUUUUUUUUUUUGUUUUUUAACCUCAAUCUAGCUCCAAACUUAACCAUUCCAUGGCAUAAAGAAGAUUCACUUGAUACGGUUUGAACAAAUUAUUAUCCAUUGCAGAGACAAGGCAAAGCACGAAUUAUGAAUAUUUUCCGCGGCGACAGCUAUCCCCUAGAAGCUUGACCAGCCAAUCUUUUGCACUGCCAGGCGGCGAGCUAUCAUACAGGCGGUCGGGGAAAUGCUUCAAUACAUGGUUAGCUCCCUACCGUCCUCAUUCCCCAGGUGCCCGGAUAUCUAUUACUCUCACUGUUAUGACGGGUGCAAUCCGACGAGUAUUUCUGGCGCUCAUCAGCGCUUCCUAGCCGCGAUUGGUAUGAUUUAGAAAGUCAGGCACUGUACAUCGGCCUUCCCGAUCCGGGUGAUUUCCCACGCACCUUGCGAUAUCCAAAUUUUCACAGCGUAGAACGUGCACACCCAUAUACGGCACAUUCAUUGUGCUAUAAUGUACAUGUAUGUAUGUAUGUACAUGUACAUGUACUUUCCCCAGCGGUUAUGGCCCACAUAUGCCAACGCUCUAAUAAGAGAAACACGGGGGGUUAAUUCGUCCUGGGCAGAUCUUAAGAAAAAGAAAUGAGUAGUUGAUGUUCGGAAAAUAUUAAAUGGCUUGCCUCUUUUUCGUUUCCAUCAAAACCUCAAAAGGGUGAUGAUCAAAAAGGGUGAUGUUUCUUCUCCAAGGAUUCCCAUUCCACGAAACUGCUUCACUCCAAGGAAUGUAUGGCGGGAAGAGGUUUCAACGGGGUUCCAUUCAUAAUUUUCUCUCGACGACUAUCUAAAGGUUACUGUACAAUUACAUACAACAACCCCGAGGCGCCCUUCUCCGAUUGUAAUGCUCCCCUCCAUCCUACUCAUUAGGUGCGCUGUCUUGCAUUGAGAAGGUGAAUCGCUACUGGAGUUUCCUCACCAUGCCCGUGCACAUUUCUCGUUUACUUGCCACCAAGCACUGUCAUGUCCCUCAGGUUCUUAGAUGAAGGGUGGGAUUUCAUUGUAUAGAAUGUGUGUCUUGCCGUGACCACGUUCCACGUCGUCGUUUCCAUCAUAAAGUUGGUAAGCUCUGCCUCUAGAGGUAUAUGUUUCAUAUGGGGUGUUGUGCAAUCUGCGAUCUCGACGUGCGCAAAGCGCUUUGAACCAUGUCAGAGAAGAGACAGGGUUUUACAUCAUUCCCACUUUAGGCCUUCCCUAUUGAAGCUACGAUUGCAUCUUCCUCUACGACUUCUGGGAGUGCGAAUAGUUUCAGCUACUUCAGUAUCCAGUUAUCACAUUUUUCAGCUAAAUCACAGCGCGGGAUUGGAGAGGCAAGGUGAGGUGAUUUAUCUGCUCGCGUUGGGCGGCGGUGACACACAUCUUCCUUCAGCUCGACUCUCGAUAACAUCCAUCAUAUUUAGUUAACAGAGAGCACGUCCUUACAAAAGUAGGUACGAUAUGAAGAACAUCCGAAGGCGAAUCACAUCUAUUUGGUUCAUUUCUUGUAGCGUGAGAGGUACAGACACGUUUUGUUUCUAAAGCACACGAGCCUUGGUGUGCUAAUUAUUGCGGAGCUAGUCCGUAUUAGGAAACAGUGAUUCUACAGGCGUGCAAUAUAGUAGAAUUGGAUAUUUUCAUCAUCAUUACAAGCAUCAAAUGGUCGCUUAC